CCAACGUGUUCCCAGUAGAGCGAAACCUGUUAUCUACUGAUAACAGAGUGUUACCGCCAUACUCUUUAUUCAGUUGAUAUUCGAAACACGGCGAGUACGCAAUCAUAACAGUUGAAAAGUAAAUUAAAUACAUCAAAAUGGGGUGUGGCGAAUUCCUUGUCAAAUAUAUUUUGUUCUUCGCAAAUCUUUUCUUUGCGUUAGCUGGUCUAGCCCUCGUCGGUCUGGGAAUCGCGGUGCAGCUCCAAGUCUCAGAAAUAGUGGAUAUAGUCGAGUCCGCCAACUUCCAGAUAGCUCCCAUAACGGCAAUCGUACUUGGCAGUAUCGUCUUCUUGAUCGCCUUCUUUGGAUGCUGUGGAGCCAUUAAGGAGAACAACUGCAUGCUUGUUACUUACUCAAUCUUCAUGCUGGUAUUGAUGCUAGCGAAAAUAACGCUCGCCGUGCUUAUCUUCGUGAACCUGGACAGUUACGUGGAAGAGAUUCCGCGCUGGUUGAACGAAGCAUUCAACAAGGAUAGAGAAGUCUUCCACGGAAUUGAGAGAACGUUCAAAUGCUGUGGUCCAUCUGGGGCCGUAUCUUACCUCAACAUCACCUUACCCGAGAGCUGCUGCGCGUCCACCCCUUGCACCGUGCUGAACGCCUACAGCGGCUGCUCCAGUGUCGUCGAGGACUUCUUCCAGACCUUCGGAGUUGCUAUUGGCGCCCUGGCUAUGAGUGUCGUCGCUAUUGAGUUGGUGGCUAUUGUAUUCGCGCUGUGCCUUGCCAACCACGCCCGCAACCAAAGCAGAAGAUCCCGCUACUAGCUUAAAUAUUAAUUAAUAUAAUUUUAGACUUAAUAUUAGUACCAUAAGUUUAUGUGUAAAAACGUCGCAAUGUUUUUAUAACCUCUUUUUUCUAAACUGCAUAGAAAUUAAUCGUAAGUUACCUAGAUAUCUGUGUCAUCGAUUUAAUUCAUCAAACUAUGUAGUAAUAUACACUUUAUAUGCAUCUUUGAUUUACUUUUUCUUUUAAAAAGAAAGAUCGGCCACAAAGCAAGGAAUCUGUAUGUAAUAGCUGAUAUACUAAAUGAAAUUAUUUGUUAUUUUUCAUUUGUUAAGCCAUAAGUAUUUCAAACAAAAAAUAAAAAUACGUAGAGUAUUAUAGUUAGGUUACGAGAAUAUUUCUUCUACCCAAAAAAUUGUGAUAGAAGUUAAUUAAACCUUGUGUUUAAAUACCCACCCAAAAUAGCCAAACAGUAUGUAUAUUUUGUCAUAAUAUA